AUGGUGGUGUCUAUGCAGAGGUCUAGCGCUAAGAAGUCUUCACAGGGAAACACUGGUGUCUCAUCACCGCCACGAAAGCGCAUUAGCUUUAUGCAAAACAGAAAUACGGUACGCCUCGUCAAACCACCUCCCCGCUGCUUGAAUAGUGAAUAUUGGUUUACGGAGACUAUGUCAAUUGUGAAAAAGGGUGAUGCGUUCGAAAUUCGGCAGGGCAAUAUAUUUACGCUAGAAGUGGAGAAACGCAUGCAACUGACAAGUGUUGCAUCACGGUCACCCACGACCUCCAGUUCCUCAUCACACGAUGGAAGUGAUGGAAGGGUUUCGCUGCAGAUAAUGGCGGCCGACUUGUUUGGGUUGAGGAGUCCUUCUAAUAAGUGGCUCAGUAUUGCUUCUGUUAGGGAAGGGGAAGUUGAAAAGGUGCGAGUGAUUUUACCGGAGGGUAUCUAUAUGUUACGGUGCGUGGGAAGAAGGCCUGUGCAGGUGUUUGUGCUGAAUUGGUGCCUUAUUAGGCGGCUCGGGUAG